AUGGCCAUGAUGAUAACUUCGACAACAGCAAAUCAAGUACCCGUGCCUUCUUUAAUAUCAUCAGACAUGUGCAAUAACAGCUGUCGGUACAACAAUGGUUCUGAUAAUACUGACUGCAUUCAUCGCCAAAUUAGUGGCAAUAAUACUACGCAUUCAGGGUACAAAAUGAAUCUGUCAGAGUACGCGCAGCGCUUGCAAAAUAAUGGGACGUCUACAAACACAUACCAUGAACAACUACAUUACCAACAGCAUAUUCAAGACCACAUCGGAUGUCCAAGAAAUCAGGAGAGAAUAAGAAAGCAUGUCGGUAAAAGUGAAGUUUCUUGUGAUAACGUAAACUCCUUAUCUACGCUUAGUGACAAUUCAUUCUAUCGCUCAAACAGUCUCGAGCGUCAGUGUGAAGACAAGAACAUCGUUAUGAAGUUAGUGCCACCAUACAGAGAUAGUUCGAGGCUGUCUGUAGACGCUAGCAGCACCGUGUAUCCGCAUUACGAGGAGCAUCUGAUAACACGUAGCAGCACGGGCAGCUGCGUGAGCGAGCCCGCGGUCGGCGUCGGGGGUAGAAACACUCGGAAAGUGACCAGUCACCACAGGAAGAAGAACAAGAUCUUUGAUUUGGAAGACGACGAUGUCAACGUCAGUUCCUUCACUCACAGGCCUCCUGCGCCCGAGGAAGGUGUCGGACAGCACCAGGAGCUAGACGACGACGAGGAAGGCGAUGACGAAGAAGGGGGUCAAUCCGAAUCAUCGGAGGACCAGCACGUUCCCCACGUCCUGGCACCCCUGCCGCUCCUACAGGGGGGCUCAGACGCUGCAGCCUACCCGGAGGGAGACCACCCAGGUACUCUUGCUCACCAUGGACCGCGUCGCUGUCUGCUGUGGGCGUGCAAGGCGUGCAAGAAGAAGACGGUCACAGUGGACCGCAGAAAAGCAGCCACGUUGAGGGAACGAAGAAGACUGCGCAAGGUGAACGAAGCUUUCGAGGUGCUGAAACGGCGUACGAGUACAAACCCUAACCAGCGACUCCCCAAAGUGGAGAUCCUGAGGAACGCCAUCGAGUACAUUGAAUCCCUAGAGGAUCUCCUUCAGGAUGCGACGCAGCACGACGGCUCAGGCGCCUCUGGGGCGGGCAAGCUGGAGAUUGUUGGCUGCGCAGCCAACUGCAGAAGCGGAAACACAGAUUACGUGAAUGGCGGAUCAGCGCAAUACCUGGCGGACAGAUUACAGCAUUUCAGCGAUUCCCUCCACAGAUUCGUCCCGAUCAACGGUUAUGAAGGACAGAAUCAACCACAAUCCGGCAACCCGAGUGGAGGGGACGGGACUUCGAGUCUGGACUGUCUCAGCCUGAUUGUGGAGAGCAUCAGCCCUGGCUUAUUGCAGGGACAAGGACGGCCUUCACUGAGAUUACAUGCAACCAGCAAACAUGAAGAAAUCGGAGACAACGUGGAUCACACAGAACCAGUCGUCAAAAUGACGCAACAAUGACGUGUCAUCACUUCGAUACAUGUAAUCUAUAAACUAAACUGGUUCAAUCUGUAAAAGUGGCUUUUUUGGACUUUGUCCAUCACUUAAAUUACAAAUAAAAGUAAAAACACAUUGUAAUUUAGACGAUGGACAAUAUCCAAAUAUUAUUUUUACAUAUUUCAACGCCGCAUCGUCAAAAACUUUCAGACGUCAUCUAAAUCGUUCCGUUUCUGACAGGUAUUCCAUAACACCAACAAAGCAAAGGAACGCGAGUGCCAAUAUCUUAACACACAAUGGGAGUGUGUUCGAAGAUGCAAAAAUUGUUUGAACACAUUUAUUUUCAAUCCUUCAAGACAGUUCUCAGUUACACGUCGCCACAGAGUCGUACUGCAAAUGUGCCUGGUGCCUAAUGUAUGUCUUUUAAGUGAUUCAGAGGCGGAGCGUUUACGUCAAUCGCUUUAGCCAUGUUAGCCUGGCUAACACUUUAAGAAACUAGAAAUAGCAACUUUUCUGUCUUAAAUCCAUGGUUCAGUGGUACUCCACAUAUUGGAACACAGCAGAACUGAUCAGAUAUAACGAAUCGUUAGGAAGCUAAGUCAGUCAGGCAUUGUUACGUUUGCUACGAGCAUAAGCUUCAAACAGCUGUCUAACCACUGGAAAACCAGGCAAUUUUAGAGGGGUUAACAAAGUUUAACAUGAAUUCUCCGACCUUGAAGUGACUGACUCUCAAAUUGUGACUGCGGAAAUUUUUCAGAUGGGUUCUGCUGUGAUCAUAAUUUUGUAUUAUUAAUUGCCGAUAUACAAAGAAUGUGGUUAUCUACACAGCACAUUCACACAGUUUCUGUUUACCGAUAUUUAUUACGUUAUUGUAGGUUACCCUAAUGCAAGUUUUGGAUUAAUUUUUCGUGCAGAAACGCUCGUUGUCGCUGAAAAUUUCAUUGUGACUGUGCAUAUUUUAGAAACUCUCUGCAGCAGUUCGUGAAGUAUCCGUCUCUUGGUGUCUAUCCGCCUUUCUGACCGACCGUUCACAUGUGUUGAACAUUACCUCAAACGAGCAGGUUUCAAUAAAGUUUUUGUUAUGAUUUUAUUAAAUCGCAUUAAUGAAACUGAAUGGCAUGUUUCGCCAUGUAAUCUGGUAGAGGUUUACCGAUGUUUCAGAGGUUCUUGCUGCAUGCAUCAUCAGGACAGUCGGUACACGUUUACCAGACUACACGGCGCAAAAACUUAGAAGACAGCUAUCUUUGUACACGCCGCCGUGAGAACUUCAAAUUUCACAGACUGAAUUUUGAUUCAAAUUCGACAUUGCAAACAAAACCUUUGCUUGCGGUCCUACACACGUUUUAGAUACAUUCCACUACAAACCAGUGUGAGGACAAAACCUACUCAGUUAGGUCCCUGGGUAAAGACAAUGUCAACCUCACAAAUCGAAAAGUACUUGAGCCUAAAUAUAUAUACCAUUUAUACAUGGGUUCUAACCAGGGUUAAAAUAUUUUGAGUACGGUACGUUAAAAAUAUCCUAAAUCAGGUUUGUGGGCUCUCAUCUUGGAGGAUAAUGAAAAAAAAUUCAUUGUUUAUCUGAGGGUGUUGGCUGCGUAUGAUACUUUGACCUUCAAGAUAUGGGUAAGAAGAAAAUGAUCAAGAAAUUCUGCUCUUAUGAGAUGAAUCUUUUACUUUAUACGCACUUCCUUCGCAUAGUAUUUAUUUCAGUUCAUUGUCAUGAGGUAUUGAACGCCCUACAUGAAGCACAUUGCCUUUGUUUCAGACGAUGGAAAUUUAUAGACACGUCUGUUCACGUGUAUAAACCAUAUAUAAGAUUCUAUUUAUAAGAAUCACUUUGCUAAAGCAGUGUACAAAUAAGACAUUAAUAGAAGGGAAACGAGCAACCCUUCUCCCACUUGCCAGAUCACUGGACGUCGCGUUCUUACUAACAUCAACAUGCAAGUGUGGAGGUGUUAUUUGUACAAACUGCAUUACGAAAAUAAGAAGGCAGAACGUAAAUGUAAAGCAUACACUUACAUUCACAGCAGUCACUUUAGAAAAACAAAGGCAGAAACUAUGCAAAUAUUGACUUAAGAAAUUUAAAGACUCCAGACCUGCUACAUUGGAGAUAGGCUUUGAGAACAGGCUACUUAGUAACACCAGUGUGACGCAAAGCACGAAUUCAAACACGGAAUGAGGCAGCAGAUAUAGAACGGUACAUUGGGCAUAACAGUUUUGCUAAAGUCCUACAAGGAUGAAUCUUUGCGACAUACUAAAUUCCCACUUUCAUAUGACAACAGUUAAAAUAUCUUCUCAAAGCGAAGAUAAAUUAAAAUUGCUCAAAGAUAAUGCCUAGGUUUUUACAUCCUGGGUACAAAACUAAAUACGUUUAAUGACAUAAAAUGUCAGUCUGUGUAUUUUUAGAUAUGUUAUAUUUGUUAAUAGAGCUCAAGUGGUGUUGGAUAUGCUUAAUUUCUGACUUCACAUAUUUAUAAUUAAGUUACUGCGGUAAAGAACAGAAUACUAUUAUUUCAACACUAAAAAAACAAACUUCGACAACAGCGGUCGAUUUAAAAUCAAUAAAAGGACUGAACACACUUAAUAACCAUUUCAAAAUUUAUUUUAUUAUUAUUAGUGGAAUCAUUUUUAAAUUUAAUAGAACGAUAUAAUAUUUUUAUUUUUAAUCCCAUGAAGUCUUAGCCUUACAGUCUUAAAUCUCUAGAACAAUGGGACUUCGAGUUCGAAUCUCGCUUAAGGCAUCUUCUGUCUUAUGAUUUUUACGCCUGACUUCAAAAUCUGAUAAACGGGGUGUUGUGAUGGCUGGAAAUAAAUCGUGUUUCCUCACAAGCCGUCAUAUGGUACAACAACAAAACUAAAAUUUUCUACAGAAAUGUCCUGGUGGCGUUCAACAUUCGUCCCUGUUUCAUCUAAAAAACCCACGGAACACUACUUUCAACUGCAACCAUUACGUACUACAGUAAAUACACGCUAUUGCUGGCAACUUAUUGCAAAAGGUCAAACGGGGUCGAAACAAAUCGUUGAUUGUCUUUAUAUACGAAAUCUUAAACAAAUAUCUGUAUGGAGUGCGAAGCAGAUACAAAGAAUUUCAGACAGUCUGCUGAAAAAAAUAAUUAAGAACCACUGGCGUACAUUAACUCCACAAUACAGAAAAAUGUCAAAAGCUGGAAUCGGACUAGGACUUUGUCACCAAAGAUAAAUGUCUUACUCAGAAGAACACAGUAAUCUAACAAUGACAAGAAAUGCGGAUCAGAAAUCAGGCAUUACCACUACCACACGUAUAUACAAUGCAACUUGUUAAAUAGUACAUUUAUAAGGCAGGAUAACUGUAAUUAUUAAGCUGUUAAUUAGACGCAUAUAUGUACUUGCCGAUGACGCCGUCACUUUUCAUAAAAUAAUGUUGGUUUUGUCAGUACGCAUAGUACUUACUUCCUCCAAGUACGAUAGCAAUAUCUUCGGCUUUCUUUUGUAUAAUAAUUUUUCAAGAAAAAUAAAAUAUUUUUCACAGUGAA